AUGGCUAUCUUUGAACCUUUUAUCUCAAAUGAUAAAUUAGAGGGUUAUAGAAAAUUCUUGGGUUUCCAACAUUGUUGCUGCAAUAAUAUUGGCCAAAUCUGGUGUUUCUGGAAUUCCUACAACACUACUACAGUCACUGCCAUCAGUGAUCAACAUAUUACAAUUAACUUUCACAAUGCUAUUGGUAUGAAGGACAUAUAUAUUACUGCUGUUUAUGCUAAAUGCAAAUCCAAAGACAGAAGGGACCUAUGGCAAUCUCUUGAACUAGAUAAUAUGGUGAUUGAUGUCCUUUGGUGUGUAGGAGGGGAUUUCAACAUAAUCAUGGAUCCUAAUGAAAAACUAUGGGGUAAACCACAUAGAAUGUAUAAAAGUCUGGAAUUUCAAACUUGCAUCAAUAAAUAUGGCCUCAUUGUUAUUGGUUACAAUGGUUCUAAUUACACUUGGUGCAAUAACAGAAGACCUGGGAAGAGAAUCUGGAAAAAGCUUGACAGAAACUUUGUUAAUGAUCAUUGGGAUCAAUUGUUUCAAAGAACCUCUGAGUUGGAGGACAUUGAUAUUGAAGAUAACUCGGAAAAGAGUAGAGAAGAUGUCAACAGGGCUCAUGCUCAGUAUAUUAGAUGGCUCAAUCUUCAAGAAUCCAUGCUCAAACAAAAAUCUCAAAUAAAGUGGUUUGAAGAAGGGGAAAAUAAUACUAGAUACUUUCAUUCCAUCCUUAGAGAGAAGAGAAGAAGGCAACAGAUUAAUCGCAUCAAGAACAGUAGAGGGAACUGGAUUAAGGGAGAUGAGAAGAUAGCUAGAAAAGCUGUGAGACAUUUCCAAACCAUCUUUAACCUCACCCCUCCUAUAAUCAACAAUUCUAUCCUGGAUUGUAUUCCUUUCUGUAUUUCAGGUGAUGACAAUAUAAUGCUUAGCAAGGUUCCAGAGGAAGAUGAAAUCAAGGAAGCAGUAUUUAGCCUCAGCCCUCACAGCACAGCAGGACCAGAUGGCUUCAAUGGAACCUUCGUUCAGAGUUGCUGGAAGAUAAUUGAGAGGGAAUUCAUUGCUUUUGUGAAAGAUUUAUUCAGAGGAAAAGGUUUGACCAAAUUCUACUCUCAUACUUGUUUGGUUCUAAUUCCUAAAAUUGACAAUCAUGCUACCUUUUCUGACUUUAGACCCAUUAACUUAUCCAACUUUACUAACAAGAUUAUCUCCAAAAUUAUUUCUCUUAGAGUAAAUACUUUGUUACAUAAAAUAGUUUCCUUGAACCAAAGUGACUUUGUAAAGGAUAGACUCAUCUCAGAGAAUGUUUUGUUAGCUCAGGAAAUUGUUCACAAUAUUUUUCAUUGUAAUCAUGGGGGUAAUGUUUUCAUUAAAUUGGAUAUGGCUAAAGCGUAUGAUAGAAUGGAUUGGGAUUUCUUAUAUGCAGUUCUUAGAAAAUUUGAUUUUUUUGAUAAUUGGAUUGGUUUGGUUCACAAUCUCAUAUCAAAUGUAUGGUACUCAGUUAUCAUUAAUGGUAUGAGACAUGGCUUCUUCUCUUCUUCUCAAGGGCUUAAGCAAGGGGAUCCUCUUUCCCCUACUCUCUUUAUUAUUGCUGCUGAAGUCUUACCUAGAUCUCUCAACUCUUUGUAUAGAAAUCCUAACUUCACUCCCUUCUCCAUGCCCCCUAAUAUUCCUAGGAUUAACCAUCUUGCAUAUGCUGAUGAUAUUGUUAUUUUUUACAGCGGUGAUUCUACUUCUAUCAAAUUGGUCAUGAAUGUUAUUGAUAACUAUGAAAGAAGUUCUGGUCAACUGGUUAAUAGGGACAAAAGUUACUUCUUAACUGCUCCUAAUACUGCGACUACUAGAAUUUACAGGAUUAGAAAGUACUCUGACUUUAUGGAUAAGAACUUUCCUUUUACUUAUCUAGGUUGUCCACUAUAUGUGGGUAGGAAAAAGAUUGACUUUUUUGAUAACAUAAUUAGUAAAAUUGUGAAAAGGCUUAAUGGCUGGCAAGGCAAGAUGCUUUCACAUGGGGGAGUAUUCAGGUUAAUUGAGAAGCAUUUUGCUAAUUUCUUCUGGGGUUCCUCUGAGGAUCACAAGAAAUAUUAUUGGAGUUCUUGGAACUAUCUUGCCCCCCCUCUUGAUGAAGGAGGCAUUGGCAUUAGAAAAAUGGAAGACAUUAGUAACAUGUUAGCUAUGAAAAAGUGGUGGAGGAUAAGGUCCACAUCAUCUAUUUGGGCUACUUUCAUUAGAAAUAAAUAUUGUGUCAGAUCUCACUUAGUCUCUAAAAUGCUUGCUCCAGGUCCCCUGGCAAAACAGUUCCCUGAUACCCCAAAGAAUUCCAAAUCUUUGGUAAGAAAAUUCAUUUCUGAUGGUCAAUGGAAUACCAACAAAUUGAAAGAGCUCCUACCAGAUCAUCUGGUUCAACAAAUCCAAAUCAUUCCUAUUGGCAACCAAAACAAGGAAGAUCAAAGUUUUUGGGCACUUUCGGAUAAUGGCAAGUUUGGAGAUCAAAAACGCUUCAACAAGUAUAGAUUAAAGCAACAAAUAGCUUGGAGCAUUGAAACUGCUGUCAACAAAGCAUAUCCAAACUAUGGUCUAAAGCUACCUUGGAAUUCUUUCUAUGACACCCUUACAAGGUUACGACCUGGGUACAAAAGUAUGGUGGUUCGAUGGUACAAGCCUGAAAGAGAAUGGGUCAAGAUCAACACUAAUGAGAGUUUUCUUCAGGGGGAAGGAAAAGUAGGCCUAGGAGGAGUUAUCAGGGAUGAGUAUGGAGACAUUAUCAUGGCCUUCUCAAUUUCAGUUAUCGCCAAGAAUCACAAUAUUGCGGAGGCUCAAGCAGCCUUGGUUGGUCUCAACUGGUGCAAACAAAAUGGUUUCAAUCAAGCAAUCCUUGAAUUGGAUUCUCUAAACAUUGUAGAGAUCCUCCGUAAAGAUAGCGAUACUAACUAUAAACUCAGUCAUAUAGUUAACAAGAUCAAAGAAACCAUCAGUAUGCUCAAUAUUCAGAGCAAUCAUUGCUAUCGUGAGGCUAAUCAACUGCCGGAUAGUUUGGCUAAAAGGGCAGUGGAAACUCAGCAACCAUCACACUUUUAUUCUAGCCACCAACUUUCUAGGCAAGCGAAAGGCCUCUUCUUGCUUGACAAAGAUCAGAUUCCUUGUAUAAGGAACAAAUAUGACAAGGCCAAUUUCUUCGUUAGUUAG